AUGGCUUUAAGACUUCCAAGAACUUCAAUUCCUGUUUCCUCUUCAGCACCCUCUCUUACUAUUACUGCAAGAACAAAAUACAUUAUUGGGGUAUGUGCCAUGGACAAUAAAGCACGUUCUAAACCUAUGAGAAACAUUUUAAAUCGACUUCUGACAUUUGGUGAAUUCGAAACUAGGCUUUUGUGGGAUCGACGACUUGUCUUGAAAUUGUUAGAUAUUUUGGGCGUACCUACACCAAAACGUUUAAUUGCUAACAGAGAUGGUGGUCCCAAAGUCGAUCCAGAUUUAAAAGCCCAAGUCUUUAAGAAUGUUGGUAUUCAUCUUAAAGAAGAACCUUGCCCACUCGCUUUAAUUGAAAUGCCUGAUAUUGAUACUAUUCGUGUAAACGGUAAAAUAAUACGAAAGCCUUUUGUUGAAAAGCCUGUCAAUGGUGAAGAUCAUAAUAUAAAUAUAUAUUAUUCUUCUGAAAUGGGUGGUGGUGGUCGUCGAUUGUUCCGCAAGGUGGCAAAUAAAGCGAGCGAGUUUGAUCCUGAAUUAUUACGUCCACGCAUUGAUGGGUCUUAUAUUUACGAAGAAUUCAUGGAUGUUGACAACGCGGAAGAUGUUAAAGUAUAUACCAUUGGACCUACAUAUGCACAUGCAGAAACACGUAAAUCACCGGUGGUUGAUGGGCAUGUAAGGCGUAACACUGAUGGUAAAGAGGUUCGUUACGUUACUACAUUAACGAAUGAAGAAAAAAAAAUAGCAAGCGAUAUAUCUUUUGCAUUUGGUCAAACAGUAUGUGGGUUUGACUUGCUUAGAGUUCAUGGGCAAUCAUAUGUCAUCGAUGUAAACGGUUGGUCAUUUGUAAAGGGAAAUGAUGAUUAUUAUAGUAAUUGUGCUCGCAUUUUACGAGCAAUGUUUCUAAAUGCUGUUCGAAAACGGAAGGUCAGCAUUGAUUCAAUACCAAAUGAACUUCGGUUUGAAAAUUCUUGGCGUCUGAAAGCUUUUAUAGCUGUAUUUCGUCAUGCCGACCGCACACCAAAACAAAAAAUGAAAUUCUCCUUUCGAAGCAAGCCUUUCAUUGAUUUACUUGAUGGGUCUACUGAAGAAGUCAUGUUACGUCAAGAGGAGCUCAAGAAGGUGUUAAAUGCUGCAACAGCUGCUGUUAAAUUACAAAGUGAUGAUGUAAAUAAAGUAGAACAACUUAAAUUAAUACUACAAAUGAAAAGCGAGUUACCUGGAACCAAAGUACAAAUUAAACCUUCUUAUAACAAAGAAAAUAAAUUAAUUGAAAAGCUUCAACUUAUUGUUAAGUGGGGUGGUGAAUUUACACAUUCUGCUCUUUAUCAAUCACGAGACCUUGGAGAAAAUCUGCGGAAAGACUUAUUCAUUAUGAACAAAAAUGUCUUGGAUGAUAUAAAGAUGUAUACGAGCUCGGAAAGACGUGUUGUCGCAACUGCUGAAAUAUUUGCUAGGACUUUUCUGGAUGUAAAUGAUAUUCCUGAAAAUGUCAUUGAAACUCGAAAAGAAAUGCUGGAUGACAGUAAUUCAGCUAAGGAUCAAAUGGAUGAUGUGAAAAAUAGGUUGAAAACCCUUUUAAAACCUGGUGAAUCUUUGAAUGUGGAUUGGGCAUGGCCAAAAGAUCAACCUGAACCAUAUGUUGUGAUCCAAGAAGUUAUUGAAAUUAUGAAGCAUCUUCGCCAAUUAAUGCAUGAAAAUUUUGAACACAUGGAUUAUGAUAAUAUUCAAUCUCGAUGGUGCUGCUCUGAAAACCCACUACUUUUUAAAGAACGGUGGGAGAAAUUAUUUAAAGACUUUUGCGAUGUGGAUCGUCAUAUGUUUGAUCCAAGUAAAAUAUCUGAACUCUAUGAUUCUCUCAAGUAUGAUGCAUUGCAUAAUCGACAAUUUUUAGAGACCAUUUUUGUUGAUCAAAAUGGUAAUAAGAGUACGGCUGAAAUAAAAGGAUUAUAUCAACGUGCAAAAAUCUUGUUUGAUUUUGUCGCACCUCAAGAAUAUGGUAUUGAAAACAAAGAUAAACUCCUAAUAGGAAUUUUACUCUCAGAUUUGUUGUUAAAGAAUAUUAUAGAAAAUUUAGAGAUCACGUUUGAACUCUAUGAACGUCAUCGUGGUUUGUCUGGUGAUAAGGAAUAUUCUUUGCGUGUGGCGUUUAGUCCCGGAGCUCAUUAUCCAAAUAUCAUGGAUUUACAACUAGAUGCUCGGCAUUGUUUGAUUGUAGCACCGAGAAAAAUUGCAGGUGAAACUGGUGAAAAACUUCAUGGUGAAACUUCACCUUCACCUGCAAUUAUAUUCGCUCGGCCAAUCAUUUGGUUUGGUUUGAUUUUAUCUUAA